GAAGACCCCACGAUGCUGGAUUGACGUCUCUGAUUUUCCUUCUCCUUUCGUUUUUGGGUUUCUCCUUUCGUUUUCUCUCUUUUUCUGUUCCCCCAUUUACUACGCCAAUCAUAUGAUACCCCAUUCAUAGCGCAAUUCCCAGUCUCCGCUACGCCAUGCCACGACCCAAUCCUCUUCCACUCUCCGACGAGUGGACUGACCCCGAUGCCUACGUCGAUGCCCUUCUGUCGUUUGCCACCUCGUCAGACAUGUUCCGACAUCUCUGCGGGGGAGUGCAUAUCCUCGAUUUCUUGACGCGCGAGCCGGACCUGUACACUUCGCUUUUGCCCGAAUCAUGGCGUUUAUUCUUCGAUAAGCACGAUGUCCAGGAUCUCAUCGACUUGGUUCUGCGGGAGGAUCUACCGGCACUACUCGAGAAGAGUCGGAAGGCGGCCGCAGGCGAAGAAGAGCACAAUGACUGGAGAGGCGCUGCUCUCCCUCCGAUCGAUUUUCUCGAAUACAUUUAUCAGAUUCGACGACUGAGUCUUGGGAGAGACUUUCACCCCCCGCAGCCUGGGAAUCCGUCCAUCCCGCGACGGAUUGCGGUGGGAAUGAAGACGAAGAAAUACCACGAGGUGGCGCAUUUCUCGCGAUACGUGGAUUCCUUGUGCGCCGACGUGGACAAGCAGCGCGGCGAUAAGCUCACACACGUUGUGGAUUUUGGGUCGGGUCAGAGUUACCUGGGGCGCACGCUGGCGAGCCCUCCGUAUAAUAGGCACAUUGUUGCCAUUGAGCGCAAGCAUCAGUUCAUCAAUGGUGCGAAGGAUAUGGAUAUUCACGCGCAAUUGGCGGAGAAGAAAAAGGUGCGCAUGUAUAACGCGAAAGCGGACAAGUGCAAGAAAUGCGAGGAUCCUGAGGCACCUGAGGCGGCGGAACCGGAUGUUCCCUCUCAACAGUCUGGGGCGGUGGAAUCUGUGCCCAGCGAGGAGCCUGCCGAGAAUGGCGAGGAAGUCUCCAUGGUCAAUGUUUUCCGUGAUAUCAGUCUCACGCCCGGGGAGAUCGGGUUCGCUCCUCUCCAUAACGAUCCCAAUGAAAAAUUGGCGAAGAAGAGGGAGAAGGAGAGUGCAAGCGCUGGCCAACCAAGGGGUGUUAUGGACUACAUCGAGCACGAAAUUAAGGAUGGAUACCUCGAGCCUAUCAUCAAGGACGUGAUUGAGGCUCCGUCAGCUGGAUCCACGGGGAACUCGAGCUCGGUUGAUACGAUUGACAAGAAUGAUGACGACAAGCCUUCGGAUGCCAAGGUCAUGGUCAUUUCGUUGCAUUCUUGUGGCAACCUGCUUCACCAUGGCGUGCGAUCUUUAGUCGUGAACCCGUCAGUGAAAGCAGUCGCCAUGAUCGGUUGCUGUUACAAUUUGGUUACCGAGCGACUCGGACCUGCGACCUAUAAACUUCCCAUCCUCCGUUCCAUGCACCCCCGUCUGACGAAGGAUGCCGUUGCAUACGACCCGCACGGUUUCCCCAUGUCUAAGCGGCUGGAGGAUUUUGAGCACGACAGUGGCGUCGGCGUCAAGUUGAACAUUACUGCACGGUCGAUGUCUCUACAGGCUCCGUACAACUGGGGCAGGGAAGACAGCGAGAACUUCUUCACACGCCACUUUUACCGGACACUUUUGCAGCGCAUUCUGGUAGACCGCAAGAUUGUGGAGAAGCCAGAAACACCAGAGGAUCUCUACGGAGCAGAUGAACCUUCUGAAACCAAAGCAGGAAACCCCCUCAUUGUAGGAUCCCUGCGCAAGGCGGCCUUCACCUCGUUCUCAGCGUACGCCCGCGCCGCGACGGCGAAACUGGGACGGGACCCGCACUCCGGCGAAAAGGUCAGGGCCGGAAUGGCCGAUCUCACUGACGAGGAACUGGCCCGCUAUGUGGAGCAGUAUUGGCACGCGAAGAAGAACCUCAGCGUGGUCUGGACCCUGAUGGCAUACAGCUCCGCGUUGGUGGAAGCCAUCAUCGUUGUCGAUCGCUGGCAAUUCCUGCGCGAGUACGAUUGUGUCCAAGACUGCUGGGUCGAGCCUGUAUUUGAUUACAGCGAAAGCCCACGGAACCUGGCUAUUAUCGGUGUCAAGAAAUGAUUGAUCCGCAUGUGCAGAGAUGUCUGAGGGCAUUGGUGAAUCUCCUGGAUGGAUGCAUGUAUGACUUGAUGACGACACGGACACUCGGAGACGAAAAUACGCGAUAGAAUAGACAUAGAUGA